GAGCCAUCUAUAAAUGAAUUUCUACACUAUACGCUUGUUAGUGUUGUCUUUACCGUCAAAAUAAAAACAUUCGCUUUUGAGGUUAUGUUCACGUGUUAAAAGCCAUGUAACCGCAAUUUCAUUAUAAUUUAUGCGUGAAAUUAAAGAAAAAUCAAUGGGGGAGGUUGGAAAAACACCACAUGGAUUACCAGGGAGCCAAAUUUCCUCCGAGUCGGUGAAAGAAGUUCGUGAUAAAUGGAAAUUAGUUCCGGCUUUCUUAAAAAUUCGCGGGUUAGUAAAACAACACAUCGAAGCAUUUAAUUACUUUAUAAACGUAGAUAUAAAGAAAAUCGUUGAGGCAAAUAAUAAAGUGACAUGCGAUGCUGAUCCCUUGUUCUAUAUCAAAUACACGAAUGUGUAUGUUGGGGCCCCCGAUGUUGAUGAAGGUUUUAAUAUUAGCAAGCCGACGACUCCGCAUGAAUGCCGGUUAAGAGAUAUGACUUAUUCCGCCCCGAUUACCGUUGAUAUCGAGUACACAAGGGGAACUCAAAAAGUUUCUCGAACCGGUUUAUUAAUCGGAAAGAUGCCGAUUAUGUUGAGAUCUUCAAAUUGUGUCUUAAGUAAUAAAUCCGAGUACGAACUGGCGAAAAUGAAAGAGUGUCCACUAGACCCCGGUGGGUAUUUCAUCGUAAAAGGCCAAGAAAAAGUAAUUUUAAUCCAAGAACAAUUAUCGAAGAAUCGUAUGAUUGUGGAAGAAUCAAAAUUCGGGAUUCAAUGCCAAGUAACAAGCUCAACCCACGAGAAAAAAUCGAGAACUUUCGUUUUUGCCAAAGGAAAUAAAUAUUUUUUGGGUCACAACGUUUUCGCCGAUUCAAUCCCGAUUUCCAUCAUAUUUAAAGCGAUGGGAAUCACUUCAGAUUUAGAAAUAUGCCAGAUGGUUGGCAUCUCGGAAAGUGAUAUCCAAACUAAAUUCGUAACCACAUUAGAGGAGUGUCAUAUCUUAAAUUUGAGGACUCAAGAGGCCGCUUUGAAAUAUUUAGGAACAAAAUUAGUUGCAAAAAGAUUUCCUACAUCGGCGAGUCGGGUUAAAACACCAUGGGAUGAAGCUCGAGAUUUACUUGCAACUACGGUUAUAGCUCACAUCCCCGUUGAGAAUUUUAAUUUUAGAUCGAAAGCGAUUUAUUUAGCUGUGAUGUUAAAACGAGUCAUCGAAGCUCAAAAAGAUAAAAACUUUUUGGAUGAUCGAGAUUAUUAUGGGAAUAAACGCAUGGAGUUGGCCGGUUCUUUGUUAUCGUUGAUGUUUGAGGAUGUUUUUAAACGAUUUAAUUGGGAGUUAAAAGCGAUCGCUGAAAAAACGAUUCCUAAAAUACGAGCAACUCAAUUCGACGUCAUUAAAUAUAUGCGUUCCGAUUUAAUUACGAGUUGCUUAGUUUUUGCGAUAUCAACCGGAAAUUGGACGAUUAAACGGUUCCGAAUGGAACGGCAAGGUGUGACGCAAGUUUUAUCCAGGUUAAGUUACAUCUCAGCUUUGGGGAUGAUGACUCGCGUGAAUUCGCAGUUUGAAAAGACGCGAAAAGUGUCGGGGCCGAGAUCUUUACAAGGCUCGCAAUGGGGGAUGUUGUGUCCGAGUGAUACCCCGGAAGGCGAAGCGUGCGGAUUAGUUAAAAAUUUAGCUUUAAUGACUCAUAUAACCACGGAAGUCGAUGAUAUCCCGUUAAUUAGGUUCGCGCAAAACACCGGUGUGAUUGAUAUUAACACCGUGAGUGGGGAUUAUUUGCAUUCCGAUGAGGUUUAUUUGGUUUUUUUGAACGGGGGGAUCAUCGGGGUGAUUAAAAAUUAUCGCAGGUUAAUUACGUGGUUUCGAAUUAUGAGGAGGAGUGGGUAUUUAUCAAUUUACGCGUCGAUUUACCCGAAUCAUUUGCAUAAAUGUGUUUAUAUAAGUGGGGAUGGAGGGAGGUUAUGUCGACCUUAUAUUAUUAUCGAAAACGGGGCCCCUUUGGUUAAAGAGACGCAUAUUAAAGAAUUAGAAAGUGGAUUAAAGAACUUUGAGGAUUUCCUACAAGAUGGUUUGAUUGAAUUUUUAGAUGUAAACGAAGAAAGUGACACUUUUAUAGCAUGUUACGAGAAAGAUAUAACCUCAAUCCACACUCACUUAGAAAUUGCACCUUUUACUAUUUUAGGAGUUUGUGCCGGAUUAAUUCCGUACCCCCAUCACAAUCAAUCGCCGAGGAAUACGUAUCAAUGCGCUAUGGGGAAACAAGCGAUGGGGACCAUUGGGUAUAACCAAAAAGACCGGAUUGAUACACUUUUAUACAACCUAGUUUACCCCCAAGCCCCAUGCGUUAAAACGAAACCAAUUGAGUUAAUUAAUUUCGAUAAACUCCCAGCAGGGCAAAAUGCAACUGUAGCAGUGAUGAGUUAUUCAGGUUAUGAUAUAGAAGACGCUUUAAUUUUAAAUAAAGCUUCGAUUGAUCGAGGUUUCGGACGUUGCUUGGUUUAUCGGAACAGUAAAUGUGUUUUAAAACGCUACGCUAACCAAACUUUCGAUCGGAUACAAGGCCCCAUGUUAGAUCCAACAUCAAAUAAACCUUUAUGGCGACAUGAAAUUCUCGAUAACGAUGGAAUAGUGUGCCCCGGAGAAAAAGUUGAAAACAAACAAAUCUUAAUUAAUAAAUCGGUACCAGUUGUUUCAUCAGUCCCCGGUUCAACCGGAUCCAACAACACAAAUAUUGAGUACCGAGAAGUUCCCGUAGGAUAUAAAAACCCUAUUCCGAGUUAUAUCGAAAAAGUUAUGGUCUCAACCAACGAAGAAGACUCCGGAUUAAUAAAAAUCCUCCUUCGGCAAACUCGCCGGCCCGAAAUUGGGGAUAAAUUCAGUUCGAGACAUGGGCAAAAAGGAGUUGUUGGGUUAAUUGUUGAGCAAGAAGAUAUGCCGUUUAAUGAAUACGGGAUAUGUCCUGAUAUUAUCAUGAAUCCUCACGGAUUUCCAUCCCGAAUGACCGUAGGAAAAUUAAUUGAGCUUUUAGCGGGAAAAGCGGGACUUUUAGAGGGGAAAUUUCAUUAUGGAACGGCAUUCGAAGGGGAUAAAGUGGUCGAUUUAAGCGAGGAAUUGACUAAAAAUGGGUUUCAAUAUCAAGGUAAAGAUAUUUUUUAUUCCGGCAUAACCGGAGAGCCUUUAGAAGCUUACAUUUACUCCGGACCGGUUUAUUACCAAAAAUUAAAACAUAUGGUUCAAGAUAAGAUGCAUGCUAGAGCAAGGGGUCCUAGAGCCGUUUUAACAAGACAACCAACAGAAGGGCGCAGUCGAGAUGGUGGGUUACGUUUGGGUGAGAUGGAACGUGAUUGUUUAAUAGCCUAUGGGGCGAGUAUGAUGUUAGUGGAGCGCUUAAUGGUUUCGAGCGAUCAAUGUAGCGUGGACGUUUGUAAUAAGUGCGGUUUGUUAGGUUAUUGUAGCUGGUGUAAUAAUUGUAAGAGUUCUAUCGGGGUUUCAUCGAUCACGAUGCCCUAUGCUUGUAAAUUAUUAUUAACUGAGUUGCAAGCAAUGAAUGUUACUGCUCGAUUAACUUUAAAUAAUUAUUGUGAAUAAAUUUAUUUUUAUGACGUCUGUCAUAUU